AUGUUGAAACUUUUGGUCAGGGACUGGUCAUUUUCUGGGCCUUCUUUAACAAGGAUUUCAGUUACGGUACCACGUUUCGGCACUCGAUAUCAUCACAUUAUAACGAGGCAAAUUACUUAUCCACAAAGGUCUCAUAUCGGAGUGAAUUUUCGGAGGAGCUUGCAUGGCUCAAGUGCACUCAAUUUCAAGAAUACUUCAAGAACUAUGAAUUCGACCAAUAAAAGAUCGUCGAAUAGCAACCCACCUAAUAAAGACCAAAAAAGUACUCAAAAAGAUGAUAAACAUGAACCACAAGAUUUCAAGUCAUUGUCAGACUUUUUCAAAUCACCUGAAUUCUUGAAGACUCUUUAUUUAACAGCAGGUUUUGCCCUACUCUUUACUCUAUUGAAUACAUCAACCUCAGAUCCUAAUGCAAGAGAUUUCAAUAAAAUCUUAACUUUUCAAGAUUUUACAACGAAAUACUUGGAAAAGGGAUUGGUCAAAAAAAUGCACGUCGUUAACAAAUACUUAGUUCAGGCAGAAUUGUUGCCACAGGCCUCCAGCCUGGUCAAUAACGACAGGCAAGCCAUACUCUCUCAAUUCAGUUCUUCUUCCCCUAUAGUCUCUUUUACUAUUGGUUCUGUUGAUAUAUUCGAAGAACAAAUGGAUGAUAUCCAAAAUCGUCUAAAUAUUGCACCAGAAGAUCGCAUCCCAAUCAACUACGUUGAUAAAGCUUCUACAUUCCAGUACGUGUUGCCAUUUAUUCCUACAGCAUUACUGCUUGGAGGUCUAUACUUUGUUUCAAAGCGAAUGAUGGGACCUGCAACUGGUACUAAAAGUGGUAGCAAUAAUGGAAAUUCGAUCAGCAAUAUGUUUGGUGUCAGCAAAUCGAAGGCAAAGUUGUUUAAUAAAGAAACAGACGUCAAAAUACAGUUCAAAGAUGUUGCUGGUUGCCAGGAAGCAAAACAAGAGAUCAUGGAAUUUGUCCAUUUUUUAAAAAGUCCGGAUAAGUAUACCGCUCUAGGUGCCAAGAUUCCAAGAGGCGCCAUUCUUUCAGGGCCUCCAGGUACAGGUAAAACCCUCUUAGCGAAAGCUACCGCUGGUGAAGCAGGCGUACCUUUCCUAUCUGUUUCUGGCUCCGAGUUUGUUGAAAUGUUUGUAGGUGUAGGUGCUUCAAGAGUUCGUGAUCUUUUCGAACAGGCUAGGCAGAUGGCACCAUCAAUUAUUUUUGUUGAUGAAAUUGAUGCAAUCGGGAAAGAAAGAGGGAAAAAUGGUGCUCUUGGUGGCGCCAACGACGAAAGGGAAGCCACGUUAAACCAGCUGUUGGUUGAAAUGGAUGGUUUCACAACUACUGAUCAGGUAGUUGUCCUCGCGGGUACGAAUAGACCAGAUGUCCUAGAUUCUGCUCUUAUGAGACCCGGGAGAUUUGAUCGACAUAUUCAAAUAGAUGCACCAGAUAUUACGGGUAGAAAAGAAAUAUACUUGGUCCAUUUGGCAAAAUUGCAUCUGGAUCCUGUUUUCACCAAGACUAAAAAAGAUGGUGACAUGUUAGCUGGGAAACUAGCCACAUUGACACCUGGUUUCACUGGUGCAGAUAUUGCGAAUGCCUGUAAUGAAGCUGCUUUAAUUGCUGCAAGGUAUAAGGAUCCAUAUGUUGGACUAUCACAUUUUGAACAAGCUAUUGAGAGGGUUAUUGCUGGAUUGGAAAAAAAGUCAAGAAUACUUUCAAAAGAGGAAAAAAAAACAGUUGCAUAUCAUGAAGCUGGACAUGCCGUUUGUGGCUGGUUCUUGAAGUAUGCAGAUCCAUUAUUAAAAGUCAGUAUUAUUCCUCGUGGUCAAGGCGCUCUGGGCUAUGCUCAAUAUCUACCUGCAGAUCAAUAUUUGAUCAGUGAAGAACAAUUUAAGCAUAGAAUGAUAAUGGCUUUAGGUGGGAGAGUAUCCGAAGAGUUACAUUUUCCAUCGGUAACAAGUGGUGCACAUGAUGAUUUCAGAAAAGUAACUCAAAUGGCUCGAGCUAUGGUGACAUCUUUGGGUAUGUCUAAAGAGGUUGGUUAUCUCUCCUAUACACAAGAUGAUAGUUCAUUCAAGGUUAAUAAGCCAUUCAGUGAAAGAACAGCAAGAAAAAUUGACCAAGAAGUUAAAAAAUUAGUUGAUGAAGCACACCAAAAAUGCAGAGAAUUGCUGUCUGAACAUUUGGAGAAAGUUGACAAAGUUGCAAAGGAGCUAUUGAAAAAAGAAGCGAUUGCUAGAGAAGAUAUGAUAAGGCUUUUAGGACCACGGCCAUUUGCUGAAAGGAAUGAAGCUUUUGAAAAAUAUCUAGAUCACAAAGAUACUCGCCCAGCUAGUCCUCCGUCAUCACCUGCCAUAAAUUGA